AUGAGAUCGGGUAGUGGCGUUUUCAUGUCCGUUGACAUUGACACUUAUAUGCCGCUCAUGGACGAUGAUGUCGCUUUCAACCUAGGUGCCCAUGCCGCUAUGUCAUCGAAGAUUCGGCUUAUGGUUGUCCGAUGUGACUUCGUAUAUGACGCAGAGGGCAUGAUUGAUUGCCUUAAUGAGUUGAUUAUCGAUCACACAUCCUUGGAGACUUUAGAUGCAAUCAUUCUAGUAAAGGAUGUGAAACGACAAGAACUAGAUGGGGAUACUUUCGUCAAGGCCGUCACUGACCGAAUCAAAGAAGACUUCGAUGACUUGAAGGCGCGUCUUCCUGAGAGACAAUUCCCGACACUUGAAUUCAGUAUGGACAAAGAAUUCUUUGAGAGUUAUAAUAUUCAACUUCCAGAGACAACUUGA